AUGAUAUCGGCCCAUACGAACUAUCUGCCCUCCAGUUGCAAUACUUUGCAUAACCUGAGGCCCAACACCAACACCACAAGCGGUGUUCUGGAUGUAUUGCUGACGGACCAGAUUCAAGCUGGCAAUAUUGCUAAAUCAUCAAAGGCCUUGCAUACGGAUUCAGACAGCUCCCACAACAAACGGACCAUCCCCCUCGCGACCUCCGCCAGUCAAUGGGAUCCGUCUUACCAGGGGGAGCAAAUCGACUGGUAUUCGGAAUACAUCGCUCGGAAUGCGCCAAUAUCAGUUCAUUGGUUGCAAGAGCCGUAUACAACUGCGGUCCGAGAUGAGGAUGAUGCGAUUAUUCAACACGAAAUCAAAGGGAUGGGCCUUAUGAAAGACAACCGUUAUGGAGGUUCAGAUAAGGUAAUUGCCCCCCUGGAUGACGGAACCCUCUGUCUGUGGGACCUUAACCGGUCGAGUCUGAGUAAACGAGAUGCAAGAGGGAAAAUUGUAGGGACUAGUGUACGGGGCAGCCUUACCACGGAUUCAUCACGACGAGCAGAUGCGGCCUUCUCGUCCAAACCAACGAACCUCGACUUCAUUAGCAUCGGGGAAUGUAUGAGCGUCGAUUCAUUCCUCCAAACUGCUUAUAUCGCGGUCGGGAACAUUUUGAAUGAAGUUGAUCUAUCCACGUUGCAGGUAAUAUCGCAACAAAAAUACCCGUGGUCGAUAUUCGCUCUUUCCCAGGAAACCGAAUAUUCAGCCCCGUUGACUGUGGGAACUACACGGAAUCUCAACCUCUAUGACCCAAGAUUCCGCGGCCCGGGACCAGAUACCAGGCUAUGUUGUCCCAUGUCUCCAGAUAACGGUAGAUACGUAUCUUUGUUUCAGCCCGUUCCACUCUCGAUACUGCACUCCCCGCUGCCGAAUAUAAACUCAAUUGUACUUGCCGGACGCUUUUCUGCGAUUCUGCUAUAUGACCGUCGCAACCUGUCUAGCUUACUGAGCACUGCACACUCAGGUGCACGGAUAUGUAGCUUGGCAGCUAUCCCAACGUGUCCUCGACCAUACUCCAUUACCCACCCCGAGUUACAAAAUAACCACACUAUCGUUGCGGCUGGAGAGUACAAAGGACACGGAUCUCUUGAUAUGUUCUCGAUCUCCACCCCUGCGAAUCUUGGAGAUUAUAGAACGUGGGUUGAUGAAUCUGCGGCCGGUGUCUCUGAUAUAGUUCGCAAAAUUCUGCCCACCGGAUACAAUUAUGUGCUGGAUGACGAGCUCCUCAUAUGGACGGGAGACAGGAUUGGUCGUCUACACUUCUCAAAUAAGGCCCGCCAGGAUUGGGAUAAUGAAGCUGAGAUCUACGAAGAGCAAAUGGAAUCUGCAAGCCGUGAGGAGGAGCCUUAUUAUAAAUUGGAAAUGGGCAGUGGAGCCAGCCGUCUUAUGGUCUCGUUAACUGCCCGUUCAACUGUAACCGUCUCCAUGUUUAGGGCUAAUCUUGGCAAACUCAAGAACCUGCACUGCGCGAGCAGCCCCUUACUCCUCUUUAUUUCCCCAGCAAAUCGUUCGGCAUUCAACCCAUUCAUUGUUUUCAAGGGUUUAUUCUCUCCGUUAUCUCGAGAUGCUGGUGUCACGGGCUACGGUCAGGAUAUCUCAAACUCUAUUCUCGGCAUUCCUCGUGCCAUCCGUCUAGAUGACCAUGAUAUUAUGAAAUUUGUCGCUGCCAACACGACCAUUCCUAUCGCCAACUAUCUUGAGGAACUUCGACAGUUGACAGGCAAGCAAAUCGAGGGAGUUAAUGGCACCCCAGUCAGAGUUGGCUGUUAUUAUUCACGUUGGGGUUGGCCAUCCAAAACCGAGAAGGAUUUCAACCACUUUAUGGCCCCGAACGCCCAGCAAUAUCCCAGUCAUACCCAUUCGAUCCAUUUUGCUCAUGGUGAUCUUAGUCCCAGGAAUAUCUUGGUUAACGAGGAUGGCGAUAUUGCAGCGGUUCUUGACUGGGAGUGGGCUGGAUGGUUCCCAGAAUACUGGGAUGUUGUACAGAUGUUCACCGACCUUCCCUCAAAGAAGCAGAUGCCUGAAUAUGCGAAACAUCUCCGUUCUUCCCUCUCACAUUAA